AUGAGCACUGGAAAAGUAUUCCAAUGCGACUCUGUCAAAACAAAUCGACUUCAGCGAAAGAAUGGGGGUUCGGCGGAGGCUCCUCCACACAUCAAGGCUUACGAUGCUGCGUUGACGGAUGUCAUCGAAAAAUGGGCAGCCCUAUCAGACGAGCUGGGAGGUGACGUCAAGAUCAUGCGAGAGAAAGUCACUAAUGUGUUCAAUCUACUGAAACUGUUUCUGUGGACAGCUGCUGGCCAAGCUGAGCCAUCGGCUGAUGAGGUUCAGAAACUGUUCUCGCCUAUCUUUAAUCUUCUUUCGGAAAUAAACAGCUUCAAGGAUUCUCGAAGGCAAGCUCCACAAUUCAACCACUUAUCUGCGGUCGCGGAGGGAAUUCCUGCCGUUGGAUGGGUUUUUGUAAAAAAAACUCCUGCUCCUUAUGUCAAAGAGAUGCUCGACUCUUCUAUGUUCUAUAUCAACCGCGUUCUGAAAGAGUUUAAG